AUGCUCGUCAACCUCUUCUUGCUCAUCGUGGCAGCGAAAGAAGCCCUAAGCUGUGCACGACAUGACAAUAGUCAACGCCAUCCGCAUCUAGGCAAACGCCAGACUACGACUAAUCCGGGACGUGCUGUAACAGACUGGCGUUAUGAGGCGUCCUUCAACUGGGGCCUCCUCAAUCCAAACUACGCUCUAUGUCAACAAGGAACUCAGCAAUCUCCAAUCGCGUUAGGUUUGAAUCAAGGCAUUUCACAGGCCCACCAACCAUAUUUCGAGGGUUAUACUGGAAACGUUACGGGUAAUUAUUUCAACUGGGGCUAUGGUCCGGCCUUCACUUUAUCCCAUCCCGAGGAUGAAUACACGGGUCUUCCCAGCAUGACCUUCGACAACGAAACGCUCUAUCUUCGUGGAUGGCAUCUUCAUGCUCCUGCCGAUCAUAGCGUUGGGGGCGACCGGUCGAAAGCCGAACUGCAUAUGGUGCACGUGAACGAGGAAGGCGAGGAGGGUGCCGUGCUCGCCAUUCGCCUUGAUCCCGGUGCCUCUCCUUCGCCCUUUUUUGCUCAAUUGCCACCAAUGAUUGGCUUCAAUGACACCACGCAAAUCAUGGGAGUGGAUAUCAAUCCGCGAUUGGCACUGGGCGGCGUGAAUGAGUUCAACGAAUUUUGGACGUAUCAGGGAAGCUUGACAAGUCCACCCUGCAAAGAAGGUAUCAGGUGGUUUAUCGCUCGAUCCAUCUUGUUCACCAGUGUCGAUCAGAUGAAAGAGAUUUUAGGAGCGAGUACAUAUUCGGCGAGGGCGGAACAGGAAGUGUGGCUGCAUCAGAUCAACGUCUGA